AUGUCCCACUCCCCUCCCUCCCCCUCUCCCUCCCCAUCCCCAUCACCACCAUUUCGCCCAUACCGACCACCACCACCCACCAACAACCACAACCACACCACCACCUUCGACACCUCCAUCCUCCCCAACGGCUCCAAAUCCCUCUCCGCCAUCUCCAUCCGCGCCUACCUCCUCGGCACCGUCCUCGGCGUCUCCACAACCCUAACCAUCCUCUCCCUCCUCUACGACCCCCUAUACACUCCCCUCUGGCGCAUCCCCUUCUUCCUCUCUUCUCUCUCCCUCUUCCACUUCCUCGAAUACUACACCACCGCCGCAUACAACACCCACUUCGCCACCGUCUCCGCCUACCUCCUCACCUCCAACGGCUGGGCCUAUAACAUCGCCCACGGCUCCGCGAUCCUCGAAUGUCUCCUCAUGCAUACAUAUUUCACCGCCCGCCCGGUGCCGUUAUACCUCCCCUCCUCGCUUACGACCUACCAAGUAGCCGUUGGCUUACUGCUGAUGGUCGUGGGCCAGACGAUCCGCAGCGUGGCCAUGGCGCAGGCGGGCAGUAACUUUAAUCAUACGGUGCAGGUUACCCGACGGGAAGGGCAUGUGCUUGUCACCGGGGGUGUGUAUAGUGUGUUGAGACAUCCGAGUUACUUUGGGUUCUUUUGGUGGGGGUUGGGGACCCAGUUGGUUCUUGGGAAUGGGGUGUGUUUUGUAGCGUAUGCGGUUGUCUUGUGGAGGUUUUUUAGUGGGAGGAUUUGGAGGGAGGAGAAGUUCCUGGUUGCCUUCUUUGGGGAGGAGUAUGAGCGGUAUAGGAAGAGGAGUUGGGUGGGGAUUCCGGGGAUUCAUUGA